UCGACCCGAAAAGCCCAAAUUUGUCCUCAACCCAUUUCCUGCCGAUCGAAAAACGCAGUCCCAGGGUUGGCGUUCGAAAUCUGAAGAUGGAAAUAUAGAAAUCGCUUUUCGUGCGAGGAAGGAGAGGAACCAUGUCAAGCGUGAGUGCGCGCAAAUCUAACGUCGUCGUUUCUGGGGGAGAAACUUCGACGAAUGACAAUAGUAGUGUUGUAAUCGAUGAAGGAGAAGGUGCAGCGAGAGAGGCGGAGAUUGAGAUAAACCCUAGGGAUGGUGAUCGUAUUGGCGGCCCUCCGGUCGAUGAUUGUUGCCCUAUAUGUUUCGGUUCUUUCACUGUCCCUUGCAAAGCCAAUUGCGGCCACUGGUUUUGCGGCAGUUGCAUUCUGCAGUAUUGGAAUUAUUCAGCAGCAUCUAAGCCUUGCAAGUGUCCCAUGUGUGCUACUGGCAUUACCAAGUUGACACCAGAGGCAUCAUUACACAGCCUGCAGGAGCAGGAAACUACCAAAGUUUUGGGCAACGUUCAUAGGUAUAACCGCCUCUUUGUUGGAGGUGCACGUGGCCUAGUUCAGAAAGUGCGUGAGUCACCAUUAUUCAUCAAGAGGAUUUUUCAACAAAUGAUGGAUCCUGAUAGACCUUAUUCCUAUCUUCAUGAAAUGCGCCUUUUUGCAAUGAUACUUAGUGUCUUCUAUGCAGCCACUCCUUUUAACUUCAUUCCAACCGGAGGCCUGGGGAUAGUUAGAUUGUUUGAUUAUGCUGCUAUUAUUCUUGUUUUUUCCCUACGUUUGGUUGGCCUUUAUCGGAGACGACGGCUGACCCAGCUCAGAGAAAUGGGUCCGCCGAACAAGAAUGCUCUUACGAUCUCCCAGGAUGCUUUCGACGAGCUGGUGAAAGAGAACAUGGAAGACCUUGGCAUGGACCCGGUUGAAGCUCUCGAAGACGCCAUUCAGACCCUCACUCUCCAAGGCGUCGAUCUCUCCGGUAUUGUGACUUGCGUUCCUGGAGAGGGUAGUACAAAAGACAACCCAGUGAUUCAUUGUCUGGACAGAUUGAAGGAGCUGGAAUCUAUUUCAAAAGAUCGAAUUUGUGGUGAUAGUGUGGAUGAGAUGGCUGGGUUGUUUGGCAAGGUAGUGGAAUUAUGUAGUAUUGAAGGGUCUGGAAGUGCAGCAAUAGCUGUAAAGAAUGGUGGGGUGGAAUUGGUUUGCUCUAUUUGUUCCAAGAUACCGAUGGGGUCCAAGCAGGUUCUCGUUUCUGCUUUGAAGACAUUGGCAUUGUUUCUUUAUGACAUCCAAAGUACAGAAACAUUUAGGUCCAGUGGUGGACCAGCAAUCUUGGCUAGUAUCCUAAAAAGUGGAGUUGAAAGUUUAGACAUCUUGGAUAGUGGUUUUAAUGUUGUUGCUGCGGCUGCAACUGGCAAUGAGAUUCUGAAAGAGUCAUUCAUGGAAUUGAAAAUUGAUGAACUUAUUUUGCAAGUACUGAAUAGACAGAACACUGGAACCGUUCAAAGUUUAUAUGAUGCCAUUCGUGUUCUAUUAACACCGGAUGAUAACCGUGUUGUGGCUUCACAAGUUUAUGGUUAUGCACGAAGGUUCGCGAAGAUUGGGAUUGCAGGAGCUCUUGUGGACUCGUUACAUGGAGGACUUGCUUCAACUAGUCUAGUAUCAGCAAGCAUUGCUUUAAAGGCUGUUGCUGUAAAUGAUGAAAUAUGUAAAUCCAUUGCUGAGAGAGGGGGUAUUGACACAAUUCUCCAAUGCAUUGAUGUCAGCGGUGAACAAGGCAACAAAGCAGUAGCUAGAACUUGUUGUUCCUUGUUAUCCAAGUUGGCAGGAAGUGACUCAAAUAAGAGUGUGAUCAUAGAAAAAGGGGGAAUGAACAGGUUAAUCCAACUUUCAGCAAGAUUCUGCGAUGACCCUUCUGUCCUGCAAGAGGUUAUGUCCAUCAUUACAGUACUCUCCUUAAGGUCCCCAAAUAACGCAGCCCGUGCCAUGGAAGCUGGAGCUGGAGACCUUGCCAUCCAAGCAAUGUUGAGGUUUCCAUCUUCACAACAAUUGCAGAGGAACUCCUGCCUCAUGAUUCGUAACCUUGUUGUUAGGAACCCCGAGAAUAGAACGCUCCUGCUCAGUCAUGGCAUUGAGAAAAUUAUAAGGAAGGCCAAGGAAAACCAUGAAACCUGCAAGGAUGCUGCAACUGAUGCUCUGAGGGAUUUGGGCCUUGAUAACUACAACGCGUAGCUUACACCCAGGGGUUGAUGGCUUGUAUCUUUUUCAGUUAAGCUCAUUUGCAACCCGUUUUGGUCUUGUGUGUAUCAUAUUCACAACUUCUAGAUGGACACUUAUCACAAAGGUCUUCGCUGAAAUUUGCAGAGCUUUCUUACGUUGAAUGUGUCACGAUUUUUGAGAUUAAAAGUUGGAAAUAUAUUUCAUCAAGCAUUAUUGAGUUUUA